CUGUUCCAUGUUUUGCAAGAUACCUCGCUAAUAGCUCCGCAAUGAACCUAAACUGUCGUGGUAUCUAAUAAACGCAAACGUACGAUCUACGAAUAGAACACAGAUGAGUGUGAAAGAGUGCCGAGCAGUAACUCGAACUUGUUUUUACCCGAUGUAAAUAGACGUUUAUUACUCUCGCAGAAAGCCGCUCGGUUAAACCCCCGCUGUUCUGAGCAGCAGCUGAACGGACUGCAAUGCCUUGUGCAUAUGUGUUGCCUGGUCGUGUGGAGCUGGGCAGGACAGUUUGAUUUGCCGAGAUUGUCCAGAAAUUACUCUCAACACGAGAGUGCAGUUCAAAUAGUGGAGCGCUGGUCACAAAUAGAUCACUCAAACGGAAUGCUAUUGCUUCGGGUUUUAUGCAGCAGCUUGGGAAUGCUAAACUUUAUAAUUUCAUCCGCACUUCUGUGUUUGCAAAUCGCCUGUCAAGAUGCAGAAUACAGUGAAACACAUUCCGAGUCCAUCCCAGUGGCCUCUUCAGAAUCUUUGCCUCAUUUCCUUGUUGAACCAGAGGAUGUGUACAUUGUAAAAAACAAACCUGUCACCUUGGUCUGCAAAGCAACACCAGCCACACAGAUAUACUUCAAAUGCAAUGGUGAAUGGGUGCAUCAGAUGAAUCAUGUAACAGAAGAAACCAUUGACAAAGUCACAGGGCUUGUGGUACUACAGGUUAGAACUGAUAUUUCACGUCAGCAAGUAGAGAAGAUGUUUGGUUUAGAAGAAUAUUGGUGCCAGUGUGUGGCAUGGAGCACCUCAGGCACCACUAAAAGUCAAAAGGCUUUUGUCCGCAUUGCAUAUCUGCGGAAGAAUUUUGAGCAAGAGCCAAUAGGGAAAGAGGUUCCAUUGGAUCAAGAAGUCUUGCUUCAUUGUCGUCCCCCGGAGGGUAUUCCAUCUGCAAAGGUGGAAUGGUUGAAGAAUGAAGAGCUAAUUGACCCAACUCGAGAUCCUAACUUCUACAUCACCUUGGAUCAUAAUUUGAUCAUCAAGGAGGCUCGAUUAUCCGACACAGCAAAUUACACCUGUGUGGCGAAGAACAUUGUAGCCAGAAGGAGAAGCGCAACCGCUGCUGUAACAACAUAUGUAGAUGGAAGUUGGACCGAAUGGAGCAAAUGGUCUACUUGUGGGGCAGAAUGCACACACUGGAGAAAUCGAGAAUGUGCCGAUCCAGCACCAAGAAACGGAGGAAAGGAAUGUGAUGGAAUUAUCCUGGAGUCAGAAAAUUGCACAAGCGAUUUAUGUCCUCGGACUUCUGCGUUGCCAGCUGAAGUGGCCCUGUAUACUGGUGUUGCAGCAGUAGCUGUAUGCCUCACAUUAUUGCUUGUUGUCAUAAUACUUGUGUAUCGAAAGAAACAGCAGGACUUUGAUUCUGAUGUCACUGACUCCUCAAUUUUAACAACGGGAUUCCAACCUGUGAACAUUAAAACACCUAAGCAAGAUAACUCCCAUUUGCUUACAAUCCAGCCUGACCUCACAAGCACAUCAACAUUCCAAGGGUCCAUCCGUUCACGACAGGAUAUUUCAGACAAGAUUCCAAUGACUAACUCCCCACUUCUGGAUCCACUUGCAAGUGAAAGACACACGUUACGUAAUGGUACAGCAAUUUCCAACACUUCCAACUUUAUGGAGAGGCUUUCGAUGCAAACAAGCACCAGAUCAUUAUUGAGGGAUGCUUCAAAUACUGCAUUUGGAACAUUUAAUUUUUUAGGUGGUCGCCUAACGAUUCCUAGCAGAGGUAUAAGCUUACUCAUUCCACCAGAAGCUAUUCCUCGAGGAAAGAUCUAUGAACUGUACCUUACUGUCCACAAGAAAGAGGACAUGAGGUUACCUCUAGCAGGGUGCCAGACCCUGCUCAGUCCAGUUGUCAGCUGUGGGCCUCCAGGUGUCCUGCUAACUGGGCCGGUCAUCCUCAGCAUUCAACACUGUGCAGAAGGAAAUCUGGAGAACUGGUCCAUCAAGCUGAAGAAACAAUCACCCCAAGGAAACUGGGAGGAGGUAUUACAUUUGGGGCAAGAAAUUCCUUCCAACCCUUAUUAUUGUCAGCUUGAUGGACAGAUGUCCCACAUAUUUACUGAAACAUUGGGUAAAUACACUCUAGUUGGUGAAUCACUGAACGCAAAUGCAGCAAAGCGUCUAAGACUAGUUCUGUUUGCACCAGGAACGUGCACAUCAUUGGAGUAUAGCAUACGGGUCUACUGUCUGGAGGAUACGCAAAAUGCAUUGAAGGAAGUAAUGCAACUGGAGAAGCAACUUGGAGGACAACUCUUAGAUGAGCCGAAGAUUCUUCACUUUAAAGACAGCUACCACAAUUUACGACUCUCCAUACACGACGUACAAAGGUCACUCUGGACCAGUAAGCUGCUGGACAGCUAUCAGGAAAUUCCAUUUUAUCACAUUUGGAAUGGCUGUCAAAGAAAUCUGCACUGUACCUUCACUCUGGAACGGUACAAUCUGUCCACAACUGAACUCAAUGGUAAAAUUUGGGUUUGGCAAGUAGAAGGAGAAGGACAAAGUUUUGACAUUCAUUUCAACUUUGCCAAGGAUGCAAGGCAAGCUGACUUCCAAUUUAUGGAGCCAAAUAAUUGUGGCACAUCUUUAGCAGGACCAUGUGCUUUCAAAAUCCCUUAUCUGAUUAGGCAGAAGAUUUGCAGCAGUCUGGAUAUUCCAAGUUCAAGAGGAAGUGACUGGAGAAUGCUGGCAUAUAAAUUGAAAUUGGACCGGUAUCUCAAUUAUUUUGCAUCAAAAGCCAGUCCUACCUCCGUGAUUCUGGACUUAUGGGAAGCUCAGCAUUUACAUCAUGGCAACCUGAACCAUCUUGCUAUGAUCAUGGCAGAAAUGGGAAAGCAAGAGCCAAUGAUUUUUGUCGUGUCUGAGGCGGAAUGCUGAGGUAGUUUCAAUAUGUUAUUGACAAAUUGUGAACAUUAAUUUUAAAAGAAAAUAUUCAGAUUCAACUGAAGUGUUGCUUAAGCAGUAACUCUUUCACCCUAAACAAGAUUAAUCUAUUUUCAAUGGAUUAAGGCUUCUAUGUA